AUGGCCACGUCCGCAACGGCGGCUCGGCACAUGGUCGCUUUGCCGUACCCGGGCCGCGGCCACAUCAACCCCAUGCUCGCCGUGUGCCGCCUGCUCGUCGCCGCGGACGGCGCCCUCACCGUCACCGUCGUCGUCACAGAGGAGUGGCACGGGCUGCUGGCCUCCGCCGGAGUGACCCCCACGCUGCCGGACCGCGUCCGCCUCGCCACCAUCCCCAACGUCAUCCCCUCCGAGCACGGCCGCGGGGCCGACCACGGCGGCUUCAUCGAGACCGUAAACUGCAAGAUGGGGGAGCCCGUCGAGCGGCUGCUCGACCGGCUGGCGUUGGAGCUGGGGCGGAUGCCAGAUGCUAUCGUGGCCGACACGUACCUGCAGUGGGCGGUGGCGGCCGGCGCGCGGCUCGGCGUGCCGGUGUGCUCGCUUUGGACCCAGCCGGCCACGUUCUUGUUGGCGCUCUGCCAUUUGGACCUGUGGCGACCAGCGGUUGAAGGUUUCAGCGAAGAAGAACUAAGCCGCAAGUCGUUGGAGCAAUAUGUACCGGGCCUCUCAUCAGUGAGGUUGUCUGAUGUCAAGAUCUUCCUCGCUUGGGAGGGGCCAAUCAAAAUAUCAGCGGAGGUGUUCGUCAAAGUACGCAAAGCGCAGUGCGUCCUAUUUACCUCCUUCCACGAGCUCGAGCCCAGUUCCAUGAGCAAAAUAGCAGAGUUACUUCCCUGCCCCAUCUAUCCAAUCGGCCCUGCAAUCCUGCGUGCGCCGGACAACGGGGAGAGCGCCCGUGACGAGGAGCACCGGCGCUGGCUGGACGCGCAGCCGCAGAACUCGGUGCUGUACGUCUCGUUCGGCAGCUUCGUCGCCAUGCCGCCCAAGCAGUUCGAGGAGAUCGCCGUGGGGCUGUGCGACAGCGCGGUCAGGUUCUUCUGGGUGGCCCAGGACAGGGCCACCGCCGGCCUGCGGGAGAUGUGCGGCGACAGGGGGUUGGCGGUGCCGUGGUGCGACCAGCAGGAGGUGCUGCGCCACCCCUCCGUCGGCGGCUUCCUCAGCCACUGCGGGUGGAACUCGGUGCUCGAGGCCGUGUGCGCCGGAGUGCCGGUGAUUGGCUUCCCCGUCGCGUGGGAUCAGCUGGUGAACGCCCGGAUGGUCGCCGACGAAUGGAAGGUCGGCAUCGACCUGAGGGAGCAGAGGGGGGAGGAUGGGUCUGUGAGCAGGGCCGCCAUCUCGGAUGCCGCGAGGAAGCUGAUGGAUUCGGAUUCUGCUGUUGGCCAAGAGAUGAGGAAAAGAGCCGCACAGCUGCGCGAGGUUUCCCGUAGCGCGGUCCGGGAAGGCGGCUCGUCGCAUCGUUCGUUGAGCGGUUUCCUCGAGGAUCUCGCCGAGGGAAGGUUGGAGGUGGCUGAAAGUUCUCAUUGA